CUUUUAACAACAAGCCCGAGCUCCUGGUGCUGAAUGGCAUUUAUGCCCUGAAAUUCGAAGGAGAUGUAAUCCCCUUUGUCGUUUUCUGCUUCUCCAUCCAGACAAUAUAUGCAUACACCACCCAUAUAUCUGUAUCUGUAUCUAUAUCUAUAUCUAUAGACAGAGAGAGAGAGAGAGAGCUAAGUUUGACGAAAGGAGGCAUGCCCAAAUUCUUCCCAACAAUCGGUGCUCGACGAUUUAAUUGUGAUUUGAUAUCGAGCCACUCGUUCUAGAAGUCGUUUCUAGUCCAACAAAGCAUGCAAGAAUUGGUUAAGAAUAAUUCUGAUCCGCGUGAUCUUCGAUCUGGUGCACCAUCGAUGGUUGGGUACCCGUCUCAGUGGACGGGUGCCGAGUCGUUUGUGGAACAAUCGACUCUCUCUAAUAACUUAAGUUUGAAGAUGGGUUCAUCGACCCCACGUCAUCAAAACACGAAGCAGUUGGGUCUUCAGUUUCAGUUUCAAGAUCAAGAUUCAUCCUCGACUCAAUCGACGUGCCAAUCUUACCCUGAAGUAGCGAGUGCGGGCGAUUAUGGGGAAAACAAGUUCUCGAUUCAAUCGGGGUAUAACGGAACGCAUGUGAGUCAUGAAGAAGGUAGUGUCGGGUCCGCUUUGCCAAUUGGACCUCAGGAUUACGCUUUUGCUUCACAAGGUGAUCGCCGACAGCCAUAUGCUUGUAUUCCCGUUCUAUGCCCUGAUCCAUACUAUCGUGGGUUGCUUGCGCCUUAUGGCUCACAAACCAUGCUUCCUCAUCCUCAAGCAAUGAGGGUGAUCUCUACUCGAGUGCCGUUGCCUCUAGGCUUUGCACAAGAUGAACCAAUUUACGUCAAUGCAAAACAGUACAACGCGAUUCUUCGGAGGAGACAAUAUCGUGCCAAACUCGAGGCACAAAACAAGCUUGCAAAACCACGAAAGCCGUAUCUUCAUGAAUCCCGGCACGUUCAUGCACUCAAAAGGGCUAGAGGGCCUGGUGGUCGGUUUUUAAAUGUGAAAAAGAUCCAAGAAAGCCAACCUGAUGGCUCAAUCAAUGGACAAGAAGGCGGCGGUGGCGGCGGCGGCGGUGGUACGUGCUCGGAUAUCACAAGCGCCUCUAAUGGCGAUAACUUCGUCCACCAGCAAGACCACAGGUUCUCUAUCUAUCAUUCUCAUGUGGGUGGUGGGCCCACAUACACCGGUGGAUCCACUCACCACAUGUUCCGCUGAUGAAGUGGAACGACUCGAUGUACCAGCAAGCCCGAUCUGGAUCUGGUUGCUUGCUGGUUCAUAAGGGAAGUCAUCCUUGGCUCUUUAUUUUAUGUCGUUAGCUCCUUAGGUUCUUGUCGGUAAUGCACGACAAGAGAAUCACGUUCACGGUGUUUAUGAUCGAUUUGUCGAAUCUUGAUGGGUUCUGUUUAUACGUUCGAAAGCUCGAAACUUUCUUACAAUUUCGUUGUCGGGUUUAGAUCUUGAAGACAUAUUUACUUUCUUGGUGUACCACUUUCAUGAAUCUUAUUUUAUAUCUAUGUGGGAUGCGUUGUUACAUUUAUGGUUUAGGAAUUACUGAUGGUUUCAAAUACUAUCCCUAGAGAAUAUAUAUAUCGACAUGAUCAUCUUUAAAUAUUUUA